AUGGCUUGGAUCCUUCUAGCAGCGCUACACCUGCUAUGGCUUUACGCGCAAGGGUCCUCUGCGUGGAAUCACACGGACAUCAGUAAUUAUUGGCUGCGGAGUGAGAUUGGAGAGCGGCUCCUGGUGGCUUACGUCAAGGCAAGUACUACCAAGGAGGAAUGGCUCGCGGCGGUUGACCAAGCUCCAGGGCCUGAUCCGCUCAUCAGUAUUGACUGCUCCCAGCCCGACUCUCGGGCCGGUUGCCUUGGGGCCGAGUAUCGCGGUUAUCCUUCCAUCUACCUUGAGGAGCUGGACCACCCCACGUUCUGGUACCAGGGCCCGCGGAGGGCUGGAGCCCUGUUGCAUUGGAUGGCGAGGCUAGCGCGUCCCCUCGUCCCGGAGACCCUCGACGCCGACGCCCUUGCCAAGUUCAAGACGGCUGACGAGACGGUUUUUGUCGCCUACCUGGGCGAAGACACCGCUGCCGCCGCCGUGUUUGCUGAUAUCGCAUUUCGAUAUCGUGAGGAGUUCAGCUUCGGUACCGUGACAGACCCCGAAGUGAUCAGGGCCCAGGGGCUGGAACCACCCGCAGUCGUGUGCUACAAGCUCGUGGACGGUGACACAGUCAGCUUGAACGAGAUCAAGGGGCCUGAGGAGCUAGAUGCUUGGAUAAAGGAGGCAUCAAGGCCCGUCUUGAGUGAGCUCACAGUCCUGAAUCACCAGAGACUUCUUGACCGCGGAUCUCCGAUGGUUUAUGUCUUUGCCCCUACCGAGCGCGAACGACAGGCGUUGCGGAAGGUGCUGUACAAGUUCGCAAAGAACCACUAUGAUUCCCUGACCUCCGCUACGGUGGACCCAUUCGUAUUUCCGGACCUGAUGGCCCAGCUCGGCCUUGAGCCUGGCGUUUUCCCGGCUGGCGCGGUGCACCAACUGUCCAAGGACCGCAUCUAUCACUAUCCCAAGGGAAGGUCUCUGAGCGCAAGCGCUCUUCAAGAGUGGGGCUUGGACGUCUACCAAGGCCGCAUCAAGCCCUGGACCCCUCUGGGUGUCACCACCACGUACGAGAAAGCUGAAGCCACUCGAACAGCGACCCGCAGAGUGUCGAUCAAAAACAUCCCAGAAGUCAAGAUCAGGGUUGCUGGCCGUGAUGAACUCUGA